CCACAGCCUGACCUGGAGGACGGGACAGCGUCUGGCUGAAGCUGGCCACGAUGGCCUUCCUGACACACCUGCUGGUCUGCGUCUUCGGCAUGGGGUCCUGGGUGGCUAUCAACGGGCUCUGGGUAGAGCUGCCCCUGCUGGUGACAGAGCUGCCCGAAGGCUGGUACCUGCCCUCCUACCUCACUGUGGUCAUUCAACUGGCCAACAUAGGCCCCCUGCUAGUCACUCUGUUACAUCGUUUCCAACCUGGCUGCCUGUCAGAGGUGCCGGUGAUCUUCCUUAUCCUGGGCAUAGGCACAGCUGCCUGCAUCCUCCUAGCCUUCCUAUGGAACAUGACCUCGUGGAUACAGGGUGGACACCACAGCGUGGCCUUCAUCAUCCUCACCUUCUUCCUGGCCCUGGUGGACUGCACGUCCUCUGUCACUUUCUUGCCUUUCAUGAGCCAGCUGCCCACGUACUAUCUUACCACCUUCUUCAUAGGCGAGGGGCUCAGUGGCCUCCUGCCCGCACUGGUGGCUCUUGUCCAAGGCUCAGGUAUCACCACCUGUGUCAAUGCCACGGAGAUGCCGGGCACCACCUUAAGCCCUGUGACCGCUGUGGAGACCCACAUCACCCAGGUACCUAGUGUGACUCUGAGCCUUUGCUGCACUGUGCUUGGUCCCCACCCUCCCCUGUCACCCCUCACCUGGCACCUGGAGAGCCACUACUUGGCCCCACGUUUCUCGCCUCUGCUGUUCUUCCUCUUGCUGUCCUUCCUGAUGGGCUGCUGCCUGGUGGCCUUUUUCCUCCUGCAACGGCAGCCCUGGGGACGGCAAGGCUCCAUAGAGGACCUCCUCCACUCCCAGGUCAUCCUGCACUCCAUCAGGCCACGAGACGCAGAGGACACCAGCUCACUGGGCACCCCUGCAAGCAGCCCAGGCAAGGGGACAGUGGAAGUCAGUGUGGCUAGACUCGGCCCAGCCCAACUGGCCUUCAUCUAUUCCGUGGUGGCCUUUGUCAACGCACUCACCAACGGUGUGCUGCCCUCGGUGCAGACCUACUCCUGCCUGCCUUAUGGGCCUGUCGCCUACCACCUGUCUGCCACCCUCAGCUCCGUAGCCAGCCCCCUGGCCUGCUUCCUCCCCAUCUUCCUGCCUAACAGGUCGCUGUUGUUCCUGGGGGUGCUCACAGUCUUGGGGACCAGCUUUGGAGCCUACAACAUGGCCAUGGCUGCCAUGAGCCCCUGCCCAAUCCUGCAGGGCCACUGGGGUGGAGAAGUCCUCAUUGUGCUCUCCUGGGUGCUGUUUGCAGCCUGUCUCAGCUAUGUCAAGGUGAUGCUGGGUGUGAUCUUGCGUGACCGGAGCCGCAGCGCCCUCUUGUGGUGUGGGGCAGCAGUGCAGUUGGGCUCAUUGAUUGGCGCCCUGCUCAUGUUCCCGUUAGUUAAUGUACUGAAUCUCUUCACGUCUGCUGACUACUGCAGCCUGGACUGCUCUGUCUAGGCUCACUUGGCCACCUCAGGACACCAAAUGUCCCCAUCGGUGAAGUUGAAAGUCUGGAGAACCUAGAAAAACAAAGGGUAACAACCUUUCACU